AAAACUAACUUCGGUCAUAUUGACUGUAACUAUCAGGACCCUCGUGAAAGGAAAAAAAAAAACCAAAAAACAAUUUUCAUGGAAAAAAGUAGGUACUGAUUGGGGCUGGCCCUCCACAUAGAAAUUUCUUAGCAAAAUAUAUUUGCCUUCAUAGUUCAUACACUCGUUUUUGAGUCUGUCCAAACCGCGUCCAUAAGCUCUAAACAACUAGCAAUUAUAAUAAUAAUAAUAAGAGACUGAAAUUUCUCUGUAAGACUCAUGGGAGAAGAAAAUCUUGACUUGCUCAAGUCGUCUCCUUCCGUUCACGACAAUGGCAGUAUUAUAGACUGGCAACUGUUACUACAACCAAGGUUUCAAUUCUAAGAUACAAACCAAACAACAUUUCAAGCUCUCUCGCUUUGGACAGGUUUGUGGAGGUUUAUAUCCAAGUUGCUGGGUGCAUGAAUUUAGUUUAUAAUGGCUUUGGAGCUCAUACCUAUAGGGACCAUCUUGGCCGUGCUGACAAACCAGGUCAUCAAAACAGCUCUUGCUGCAAAGGAUGUUCUUUUUGAGAAGGAGAGUUUCAAGGUUCUGUCAAAGCAUUUGUUUGAUAUUGAACCAGUCUUAAAGGAACUGCAGCUUCAAGAAUUAAAUGAUUCUCAAGCUGCAAGGCUUGCUCUGGAGUCUCUUGAAGCAGAUGUUAAAAAGGCAAAUAAUUUGGUUGAGAAGUACAAAAGUCGAGCCCCCUUCUACUUACUGGUCAAGUGCAGACACAUUGUCAAGGAGGUACAAGAAGUCACAAGGGACAUUGGAAAGUCUUUGGCUGCAUUAUCCCUUGCAAAUACUGAAGUCCUAUCAAGGAUAUCUGAUCAGGUGGAUCGGUUACAGAAUGAGAUGCAAAGAGUUGAAUUUGAGACUUCACAUUCUCAGCUCCAAAUUGUUGACAAGUUAGACCAAGGUCUUAGGGACCAGAAACUAGAUCAGGGUUUCGCAAAUGACAUGCUUGAAGAAAUAGCAAGGGCAGUUGGGGUGCCUGUUGAGCCCUCUCAGAUAAGCAAAGAGCUAGCCAGCUUCAGAAGGGAAAAAGAAGAAGCUGCCAACAGGAAAGAAAGAGCUGAAGUACUCUUCUUGGAGCAGAUUAUUGAGCUGCUCUCUCGGGCUGAUGCUGCAAGGGAUUAUGAAGAAGUCAAAAGGCAGUAUCUCCAAAGGUUUCAGGUUAUAGAGCGAUAUGAUGAGAGGGAAGAGAAUAUCCGACCACUUAAUUCUUUUUAUUGUCGAAUAAGUGAAACUUUGAUGGUUGAUCCCGUUAGCCUUUGCACUGGAACUACAUGUGAGCGAGCUGCCAUUGAGGCUUUGUUAGACAGUGGGGAGAGAACUGACCCAGAAACAGGUGAGGUUCUUGAAGACACCACUCUAAGGUCUAACCUUCCACUUAGACAAUCAAUAGAGGAGUGGCGAGAACUUAAUUACUGCCUGAAGAUACGUUGUUCCAAGGCAAAGUUAUUAUCAGGUAUGGACUCGUCUGUGGAAGAGGCCCUGAGCCAAAUGCAGGAUCUUAUGAAGGAGAGUUCUAUUAACAAGGACUGGAUUUCUGUUGGAGGGCUUACUGAUAUUAUAAUCUCCAUACUUGGAAGCUCACGCAACAGAGAUGUGAAGAGAAAGAUUUUAAUUACCCUGAAGGAUGUUGUAGAAGGGCAUGCAAGAAAUAAGGAAAAAGUGUUUGAAUCCCAGGGAUGGGAUCGCAUUAUUCCUUGCCUGGGGCGUGACUCAAGCAUCUCAAAGGCCGCGGUUGAAUUACUAUAUGAGUUGCUGCAAGAGAGAUCUGGAUGGAAUGUGCCUGUUUGCAGGAAACUCUCUCAGCAAUGCAGUGCGAUUCUUUUUCUUGUUACCCUGCUAAAGGGUCCCGUUAGGGAGUCAGCAGAGAUUGCAGAAAGAAUCUUGACGAACCUAUUUGAGAUAAAUGAGGAAACCAUUUCUUGUGCUGCUAAGGCCGGCUGGUAUAAACCACUUAUUGAUCGCAUAGUUCAAGGGCCAGAGUCUUCAAAGAUACCAAUGGUGAGAACAAUUGUUAAUACAGAAUUAGUUGAUCUGAAUUUGAAGCUCCUUGGCGAGGAAGGGGUUAUACCUCCUUUGCUUGAUAUGGCAUCCAGAAGCUUUGAAUCAAAAGAGUUAGCCUUAUCAGCCCUGGUUAAAUUAUCAGGUUGCCAUGCCAAUAAAGAGUUAAUUGCUGCUGCCGGUGGGGUUCCACUUGUUCUGAAACUAAUGUUCUCUCCCAAUGUGCGCUCAAUUAUUGUUGUGAAAUGCUCUGAAAUACUUGAGAAACUUUGUUCUGAGGAUGAUGGAAUUAAAUUUUUCGUUGAUGAAAAAGGGACCCAACUUGAGUUAGAAUCAAUCAUCACCAAUUUGUUAGCUUUGCAACAGAAGCCUAACUCAGCCCACAAUGUCCGGAGGCCUGCCUUGAAUGCACUUCUUGGAAUUUGCAGGUUUGAAGCAGGGUUGGUUAAGAAGGCAGUUCUCACUGCCAAUGGUGUAUCUCUAGUGCUUCCACUGCUUGAUGACUCUGACUCUGAAAUUCGGGAGAUUGCUAUCAAUUUGCUCUUCCUCUUCUCACAGCAAGAGCCAGAAGGAGUUGUGGAAUACCUUCUCAAGCCAAGAAGGCUGGAGGCCUUAGUGGGGUUUCUUGAGAAUGAUGAUAAGGGUGAUGUACAGAUGGCUGCUGCAGGUCUAUUAGCCAACCUACCAAAAUCAGAAAGAUCACUCACCAUGAAGUUAAUCGAAUUGGAUGGAAUUGAUGCAAUCUUAAACAUUUUAAAAACUGGAACCAAGGAAGCAAAAGAAAAUGCUCUAAAUGCACUCUUCAGGUUUUCAGAUCCCACAAAUCUUGAGUCACAGCGUAUAUUGGUUGAACGAGGAGUGUACCCUAUGCUUGUAAACUUUCUCAAGGCUGGUUCAGAAACAGCUAAGGCAUUAGCAGCAGCACUCAUUGGCAAUCUUUCCACUAGCAGUCCAAAGCUCACUGUUGUAACCAAACCAACUAGUUGCUGGUGCUUCCAACCAUCACGCCAUCCUUUAUGCCCAGCACAUGGUGGUAUUUGCAGUGUGACAGCUUCAUUCUGUCUGUUGGAAGCAAAUGCUUUACCUGACUUGGUAAGGCUCUUACAUGGAGGGGUGCAUGAAACUGCUUAUGAAGCAAUUCGGACUCUUUUUACUCUAGUUAUGGAAGGCUCUCCUCAGAGAGGGGCCGCUGUCUUGCAUGAAAAUGAUGCUAUAAAACCUAUAUUAGAGACUUUGACGUGGGGGGAAGAUUAUCUAAAGGAGGAGGCUUUAGGACUCUUGGAGAAAGUUUUUGUGUCAAAAGAAAUGGUGGAACAUUAUGGAUCAACAGCAAGGUUACUUCUUGUUGGUAUGACCGGCAGGAAUGUCCACGAGGAAGGCCGCCAAGGAAGGAAAGCUGCCAAAAUCUUGGCCCUCCUUGAACGCUAUUCUAGAUCGUCCACAUGUCUUGUUCCAGGUCUAUUUGGGUGAAAAUUUUAGUUAUUGGGAUCAAUAUAGUGUUUGCUUCAAUUUUAAUACAGCUUUUGGCUUUUCCAAAGAACUGGAUAUUCAGUAAAUCCUCAAAAUCAUUCUCGUUCAUAUAGUUUUGUUGUCUCAAUUUUCUUUCUUUCUUUCUUUCUUUAUACCCCUCCAUUGACAGUUUUGUUGUCUUCUUUCAAUUUGUGCCUUCAUACAAACAAAUAUACAAUAAUGGACCCCCUGCUUCUAAGUUGUCUUCGAACUUUAA